AUGGCUUCUUCGGCGCCAAAAGUUGCGCCACCUGAGCGCCGCGAUCCUCUAGACGUUAUUGACAAGCAGGCAGAUGAGAUCGUGGCACUUAUCAAGAAGAGCAAGCACUUCAUUGUUUUCACGGGCGCAGGCGUCUCGACUUCAGCAGGCAUUCCCGACUUUCGUGGACCAGAAGGUGCUUGGACGCUGAGAGCUCAAGGGCGAGCUCGUACUGGAAAGGCCACGAGCACGCUUCAGGCCAUCCCGACACCGACACAUAUGGCCCUUGUGGAGCUACAGAAUCAAGGAGUUCUGAAGUAUCUCGUCAGUCAGAAUUGUGACGGCUUACAUCGAAGGAGUGGCAUCCUACGUGAUCGCAUUUCGGAACUUCACGGUAACAGCAACCGGGAAUGCUGCAAAGACUGUGGCAAGGAGUACAUAAGAGACUUCCGUGCUGUCGCCAGCUAUGAAAAGUCAGUGCACGACCAUCGAACAGGCCGCAAGUGCACUGCAUGUGGAGGGAACCUUCUUGAUACCAUCAUCAACUUUGGAGAAUUCUUACCAGAGGAACCUCUGAAGCUUGCUCGGAGUCAUGCCAAGAAGGCUGAUCUUUGCAUUGCGCUUGGGUCAUCCCUCAGUGUUCCUCCAGCGAGUGGCAUCCCUGAGACAUGCGGAAAGAGCAAAAAAAGCAAGCUUAUCAUCUGCAACCUACAAGAGACCUUCAUGGAAGGCAUAGCAGAUAUGCAUGUUUGGGCUGAGUCGGAUGUCCUCAUGACGAGAGUGAUGGAUAAGCUCGGAUACACCAUUCCAAAUUUUAUCUUGAAGCGCAGGCUUGUUAUCAAGGUUGAGCGCGAUGUGUACAAUCGUCAGGUUAUUGUAUUGACUGGCGUCGACGAUGAUGGUACGCCAGUCACAUACCUCCAAUCUGUCAAGCUUGAGGACAGCAGACGCAUAGUAAGGUCCGAGCCCUUUUCAUUCGUCUUCCGAGAAGGUCUUAGUACUGGAGCCGAAGUCAAGUUCGCACUUGAGUUCAUGGGACAUUAUAAUGAACCUAAUGUCGUUAUUGACUACAGUGUUCCUGAGGAAGAGGGCGCAGAGACGGUCUACGAUCUUUCAUAUGAUCCGAGUACGGGAGAAUGGGUGAUCAUGAGAUGA